AUGCCACGCCCAAAACGCACAAAAGUUACUCGUCCUACUGCGACUGCGCCUGCCCCGCGCGUCAUAAAAUCAACAGAACUAGUCGAAUCAGAAUCUUUACCAGCGGCAGCUCCAACAGCGCGUCCUUUCGACGAUCUAUAUGAUGUUAGUGAUGAAGAGCUUGAGAAAUCUGCGAAUGCGACAAAGUUGGCAAAAGGAAAGUCUGUUGCAAUACGAAGUAGUGGUCGCAAUGCAUCGCGCAUCAUCAAGAAUACAGAGUCUAAGGAAGCUACCAAUACUACAAAGACGAAGAAUGCGCCGGAAUUAGAAUCAGAUGAUUAUACGCGAGUAUCUAGUAGUCCGGCCAUUGAAGCUGGGAGAAGAGGUCGACGUACAUCUGCUAUGGAUAAUUCUGUACUUGCGAUUGGUAAUUUUCGACGGAGGGCGCGUGAACCAAGUAUUUUAGGACAACAAACCACACGAGCUCGGUCAAGCAGUAUAGAGUCGGAUAUGGCAGAAGAAAACGGUCUUACGAGUGUUGGCAGGAGGAAUACAUCUGGGCUAGGAAUGGGAACAUUUAGAGGACGCGCUGGAUCUAGGAGACCAAGUAGUGUGGGUGGGGAUAGACCAGAAAUCGGAUCUGUAUUGCGACUUGGUAAUUUUAAAAGAAGAGCUCGAGAACCUAGUAUUUUGGGAACGGCGCGGAAACCAGAACAAUCAAGGCCUACAUUCGAUUCCGAUUCUGAUUCCGACGGCUUUGCGCCUGAAGACGAAUCAACACCUUUACACUUUGCCAAGGGUAGAGCUGUGCCUUCAUCUUCAAGUUCAAGAAAGCGAAAAUUGUCCGGUGUACAGGUUCCACGUUCACAAGAUGCUACGCAGGCCCAGCUGAGCCCUUCUAAGUUGCCUAGAAACGAAUCAGAUCUCGAAGAUACAGUUCCCGCCACCGCGCCCAUAAAUAGUGAAGACGAGGAGGAGGACGAGCUACCAGAAUUAGAAAAAGAGCCUUCGCCCGAGGAUUCGCCAUUAUCAUCAACAGAACGUAUUGCGACACCCGAGCCUAUGAGUGAAACUAUGGCACCUCCACGUGCUGGUAGUUCCUCUCUUUCGCCUGCUCAAUCUUUACCAUCACCUACGCUACCUCCUCAACCUAUUUUAAAUACGCGUCAAGCGGCUACUCGACCUCGACGCAUAAUAGAUCCACGAACUCCACCGCGUGUUUCAAAUACAGAAAUGCACUCCUCUCCUAUGUCUUCCCCGCCAUCACUCACACAUUCACCCGAUAUACCCACACGCUCCACACGGCUGCCGCGUAAAGCUGCGCCUCAACCUGCAACUUUAUCUACUGCAGCUUUACAAGCUCUACUUCCGAGACGCCGUCAGCGUCAUCGAUCCGCUUUAGACGUGGAAUCCUCUGACAGUGAGGUGGACACUACUGGUCUUGGCGAGCAUGAUGAUGAAUUGACCAUAAUAGUCGCCCCAACUGCCCGUCGUCAAGCUUCUGCUCGCCCUACUACUGGAGCAUCUGCUACAGGUUCAAAACUUGCACAAAAAGCUAAGGCUGCCGCCAAAGGUAAAGGUAAGAGAACUUAUGGAAGGAAACCAGCACCUGCAGCAUCUGAUAAAGAAAAUGAACUCGACCCUGAUGACAGUUUGGCGCCUGCCCAAGACGAAAGAUCUCCAGAAGAGCCUCGAAGUGAGAAUAGUUCUGAAUUGGAGAAGAGGGUAGGAAAAGAAUUGAAAAAAGCUGCGAGGAAAUUCAAGGAAGUCGAUAAGUGGGAGUUAGAAUUUGAGGAAUGCGAGGCGAGUAGUGAUCAACUUGCUCGAUAG